GUCGCACACUAAUAUAUUCAUGUCUUCUUCAUCUUCCACAUUCAUUUCAAUUUUCAUCAUUACAAUGGUUUUAGUUGCUUUUUGUAGUGCAAAUUUGGCAACUGGGAGAGCAUCUCUACGACCAUCUGCUGGGAAACGUGCAGCUGUUGUUGGAAGAUUACCUGCUCACUACUAUCAAUUAGCAUCUGCUGUAAGAUCACCUAAACAAUACGAAAAUGAAUUUACCUGUAAUGAAAAUACAAUGUCUGUAAUAAAUGCCCGUUAUCAAAAACUUCAAGAGGAACUCAAUGGACUUGUUGAAUUGAUGGAAGCUUGUCAGACACUACAAUCUACUAUUUCACUUUAAUUUUUUUUCAUAAUUUUUAAACAUUGAAAUACACGUACAAGGUUCCGUAAUUUGAAGAGACAAUCAGUCAUUUGAAUGAAAAAAAAUCAAUAAAUCGAUUUGCAUU